CAAGGGCCCGAAGCAGAACUACAUUCCCGUGGAAUCUCAUUUCGGCGACCUGGAGAAGACGAUGGACUGGUACCUCGAGCACCCAGAAGAGUCGCAAAAGAUUGCGAAUAAUUCGAUCGCGACGUUUCGUUCCAAGUACUUCACGCCUGCGGCGACGUCUUGCUACCUCAGGCGUCUGAUCAAGGGGUACGGUGAGGUGGCGUUCACGCCCGAAGUGCUGAGGCCGGAGAAGAGGGGCGAAGCGCGGAAAAGGAGAGGGAUGUCGUUCGCGGAAAUUGUGCAUUUGAGGGAGGAAUACGAGGGCGACGAAGUCUGAACCGAGGUUUGCGGUACGUAUCAGAGCCGGAGUAUGUCUGCCAGCUUUGCUUCACCAAGCAAGAACCCACGUCAGCAACGAGAGGAGUCCUCAUUCUACCCACAUGAUUGCAUGGCAAGGCUGUGCAAUUUCCUCGAGCACCAGCUGCGAGAAAGGUCGACGAGACACACUGGAGCUCGCGAGGUCGAAACGACGUUCAAAGGGUAUCGGACCAGCGAGCACACCGCGUCAGAGAAGGCGAACUUUAUCAAGGUUCUGUCGACAGGAGACCCGAAGACCGCCUAACCCUCGACAGAUAAGACAAAGAGGCGGCGGAUCCCGACGCACAUCUCCUAUCAUAUUUCGUGCAUUCGUUGUACAUCAUGAUAUCGCUAUGCUAUGUAAAUGCUCAA